AUGUCAAAACUACAUUUGUUUAGAGAUUGUAUCCGUGAAAGACUAACAACGGCAGCUUUGGAGAUUUUCGAGGCCGUUGAAAAAACGUUUGCUGAGUUCCAAGAAGAAAUCUAUAAUACCAAGGAGGAGAGCGCGCGGCUCAAACGAUUGUUGGACAUUGUUACUCCACCGGAGAUCAAGAUACACCGAACAGAUGUGCAGCAGCUCUCUCUCCCGGAGCCCCCACAGAUUAAAGAGGAACAGGAGCUGUGGACCAGUCAAGAGGAAGAGCUGCUCCAAGGACUGCAGUCUGAAACUACAGAUCCUAGAUUUACAGAGGAGUCCACGUUUUUAAACAUCAGAAUGUCUCAAUUAAAUGAGAUAAGAGAACUUUUUGGUGAAAUACUGACAACAGCAGCUUUGAAGAUUUACUGGGCUGCUGAGAAACCGUUUGCAGGGUACCAGGAAGAAAUCUCUCGUUCCAAGGAGGAGAGCGUGCAGCUCCAACGGCUGUUGGACGUUGUUACCCAACCUGAGAUCAAGCUACAACGAACAGAAGUGAAGCAGCUCUCUCUCCCGGAGCCCCCACAGAUUAAAGAGGAACAGGAGCUGUGGACCAGUCAGGAGGAAGAGCAGCUCCAAGGACUGCAGUCUGAAACUACAGAUCCUAGAUUUACAGAGGAGUCCAAGUUUUUAAACAUCAAAAUGUCUCAAUUAAAUGAGAUAAGAGAACUUUUUGGUGAAAUACUGACAACAGCAGCUUCGAAGAUUUACUGGGCUGCUGAGAAACCGUUUGCAGGGUACCAGGAAGAAAUCUCUCGUUCCAAGGAGGAGAGCGUGCAGCUCCAACGGCUGUUGGACAUUGUUACCCAACCUGAGAUCAAGCUACAACGAACAGAUGUGCAGCAGCUCUCUCUCCCAGAGCCCCCACAGAUUAAAGAGGAACAGGAGCUGUGGACCAGUCAGGAGGAAGAGCAGCUCCAAGGACUGCAGUCUGAAACUACAGACUCCAUCUUCACUUCUCUCAGUUGGAAACGUGAUUCUGAUCAAGAGGGCUCUGUUGAAUUUUCUCAUCUUUUCCAUAUUGUUAAAGUGGAGGACAGAGAAGGAGACUCUCUAUCCACCAACACAACUGAGAAAAUCAAAGCAGAGAUUCAUGUACAAGACUCUGCAGCACCAGAACCAGGCAGUGACUCUCAGCCCCUCUCUGUUGUUGCUCCAGACUGUCCUGCAGCUCAGAGUUUGGAGGAACAUGGAGGAGUGAUGCUUUUCCAGAACAGAACACAAAACAAUGAGGCUCUUCCAAGGGACAAUAGACCACAGGGAAGUCACACAGGAAAAACAAUAUAUCAGUGUAAACAAUGUAACAGAACUUUUAGAUCUGAAUCUCGUUUGAUUUUGCACAUGAGAACACACACAGGAGAGAAACCUUUUCAGUGUCAACAAUGUAACCAACAGUUUGCUCACAAAAAAAAUUAUGUUGGUCACAUGAAAAGACACGCAGUAGAGAAACCUUUUCAGUGUCAUCAAUGUAACAAAACUUUUACAUCUGAAUCUCGUUUGAUUUUGCACAUAAGAACACACACAGGAGAGAAACCUUUUCAGUGUCAACAAUGUAACAAACAAUUUUCUCAGAAAAUUAAUCUUGUUAGUCACACGAGAAUUCACACAGGAGAGAAACCUUUUCAAUGUCAACAAUGUAACAAACAAUUUGCUCAGAAAGUUAAUCUUGUUAGUCACGUGAGAAUACACACAGGAGAGAAACCUUUUCAGUGUCUAAAAUGUAACAGCCAAUUUUCUGACAAAGGUAAUCUUCGUCAACACAUGAAAAGACACACAGGAGAGAAACCUUUUCAGUGUCAACAAUGUCACAAACUAUUUACUAAGAAAAGUUCUCUUGCUGAUCACAUGAGAACACACACUGGAGAGAAACCGUUUCAGUGUCAACAAUGUGAUGAACGAUUUGCUCACAAAUGUAGUCUUGUUGGUCACAUGAGAAAACACAGGAGAGAAACCAUAGUAUGAAUGAUGUAAUGUUUUAUCCCAGAAAACCAAUUUGGUUUAUCUAAUGAGAAAUUAUAAAGUUUGAAUUGAU